AUGUUUGGUCUUCGCUGUCUGUCUCCUCUCAGAGGUCGGGAGGAGAGGAGCGAGGGAGGCGAGGGAGGCGAGGAGGUGAAGAUCGUGGCGGUGGACCUGCAGGCCAUGGCUCCUCUGCCGGGAGUCACUCAGAUCCAGGGAGACAUCACCAAGGUGUCGACGGCUCAGGAGAUCAUCCGACACUUUGAGGGUGAGCCGGCCGACCUGGUGGUGUGUGACGGCGCUCCAGACGUAACCGGGCUCCAUGACGUGGAUGAGUACAUCCAGGCUCAGCUCCUAUUGGCUGCGCUGAACAUCACGACGCACCUGCUGAAACCUGGAGGGACGUUUGUGGCCAAAAUCUUCAGAGGGAAAGACGUCACUCUGCUCUACUCUCAGCUCAAGAUCUUCUUCGGUGGUGUGACCUGCGCCAAGCCUCGCAGCAGCAGGAACUCCAGCAUCGAGGCGUUCGUGGUGUGUCAGAACUACCGUCCUCCCGAUGGUUACGUCCCCAACAUGUCCAACCCUCUGCUGGACCAUUGCUACGAUGUGGACUUUAACCAGUUAGAGGGUCUGAACCGCGUCAUCGUUCCUUUCCUGGCGUGUGGCGACCUCAGCGCCUUCGACUCAGACCGGACCUACCCGCUACAGCUGGACGGCGGUCAGCAGUACCAGUACACCCCCCCCACCCAGCCUCCCAUCCGCCCCCCCUACCAGCAGGCCUGCCACCUCCGCAGGAACAACCUGCUGUCCAGAGAGGACGCUGCGCCCCCCCGCCCCCCCCACAGCGGAGAGGAGCCGGCCGAGUCCAGCUGCUCCACACAGGGAGAAUUAAAGGGACAGUCCGCCAGCUCUGUCUGA